UUUUCGCAAUGCAAUAAUCGCGCAUGAAUCUCUGUAUUAAUUUGUUAUCAACUGAAUUGUGCGUUUGUUUGUUUGUUUGUUUGUUUGUAUUUUUUUGCGUUUGGCGAGAGAGUGGAGUAGCGCGAAUUCUUUGGAAUGAAAAUAAAUAUACCACAAAUUUAGGCACGUAGACCAGAGUAGUUUCAGCACGCGAAAAAACAUGGCGAAUAGCGAACAGAACACCAACGCGACGGUGUCUUUUUGUCAGGAGAAGUGGAAUCAAUUCCUGGAUAGAGUUGGUGAUGAUCCGGAGCGCCUCUGGGUGUUUGGCACAGUCGUUUUGAUAUUUAUCAUUUAUUGGCUUUACGCUGCUGUCUUAACUUUCGUUGACUUGACCAAGAAACCACAUUUCGUGCGUAAAUACAAGCUGCAACCCGGUAAAAAUAAUCCCGUUGAUACAAAACGGUUAUUACCUGCUCUACGCGUAGUGCUCUUCAAUCAAACAUUUGUCGCCAUACCCCUCGCCUAUGGUCUCUAUCAUUUCGUCUAUAAAUACCAAAACACCCAAGACAUACGCAUAUUACCAUCGAUACAGCAAAUUGUUUUCGAUUUGGCUUUAUGUUGUAUUUUGGAGGAAAUUAUCUUCUACUAUGGCCAUCGCUUGCUGCACUAUGGCGCUCUAUACAAGUACAUCCACAAGAAGCAUCAUGAAUGGACUUCACCAAUCGCCGUUGUGGCGCAUUAUUGCCAUCCAAUUGAGCAUAUACUGGCUAAUACAUUCCCCAUUGCUUUGUCUUUGGGUGUGGUGCGUGCUCACUUGGCCACCGGUUGGAUAUUCUUUGCUAUCGCCACAUACAAUAUAUUGAGUGAUCAUGCUGGAUACGCUUUCCCUUGGUCACUGAUUUCCGUGCCAUUCCAUGAUUAUCAUCAUGCUACAUUUAAUUACAAUUAUGGUGUCUACGGUUGGUUGGAUAGGUUGCAUGGUACUUAUGGCGCUUACGAUAAGUCUGGACAAAUUGAGCCACAACAUAGGCCUGCACAAAAACAGAAAUAAAAACAAAAAAGGUAGUUAAGUAGAUACAUAUGUGUGUACAUGCGAAAUUUCGGCUACCUCACAGAAAUAUCACUUGAAAUUCAAUUAAAUUCUAUUAAAAAAUACAAUAUGAGAUUUUACAAAGUAUAAUAUAUAUAUACAUGCUUA